AUGUCGGGGUAUCGCGGCCGGACAGGGCCGAACUUCUCAGAGUAUCUCAACAAUCUCAAUACUCUGGCGUCGCCCUAUGAUCAAGAGCAGUUCCCGGCAGAAGAGUUAGACAUCAGCCAGGACCUGGCUAUGUUUACAAACACCGACUUUACUCAUUUUGACAUUCCUCCACUACCUGAAGAUGGCUCCUUCAAUUUCGACCUCGGCGACUCUAAAAGCAACCCGAAUAACAUGAAGUACGAAGAACUCUUGUCCGGCUCUUCACCCACUCAGAACUAUCAGCCAUCCAACCUCGAUACAUCGGCGGCCGACUCUUCACACUACUACGGCACCUACAACACACCUAUUCAACCCGCUCCUGUGCCAGGCUUUAACAACCUAGACUCUCAUACAUCUCCCAAUGCCUCCACAGCAACAGGUCCCCACGCUGCUCGGAGAAAAGGCGAUGCUAUUGAUGCUAAUGUCUUAAAUCCCGAGGAGAAGUCUCGCCUGGCUGCCGAGGAAGAUAAGAGGAGAAGGAAUACGGCCGCCAGUGCCCGAUUUCGGGUAAAGAAGAAGCAGCGGGAGCAGGCGUUGGAACGGACAGUGAAGGAGGUGCAGGAGAAGAACGCCAAAUUGGAGGCAAAAGUGCAUCAACUGGAAAUGGAGAACAAGUGGCUCAAAGAUUUAAUCACCGAGAAGAACGGGAUGCAGUCAAAGGAAGAGAUGGCGGCGGCGUACCAACAGUAUCGCAAAGAAAGUGAAGAGCGAGAGCUGAAGCUCCACGAGCACACGACCGGGGUAGGCACUGAUUGA